GUUGAAAAAUGGCAAAGGAUAAAGGUCAAAGUGUAGAACCUAGACAAGAUACUAAGGAAGUCUUAAGGUGGACUGAUGAUAUGGAUCAAAUAUUAUUGAAUGCUUUGAUAGAAGAGGUCCAUAAAGGGAAUAGGCAUGAUGGUUCAUUUUCACCUGAAGCAUACUCCAAUGUCGUAGCUGUUUUACGGUCUAACAUUGAUCCAACCAUGACAAAACAACACAUAAAAAAUAGAAUGAAAACUUUGAAAGAUCGUUUUGGUGAAGCGUAUGAUCUAUUUGGUAGCUUAAGCGGGUUUGGAUGGAAUUCAACAACUAGGAGGUUUACGGCUGAGGAAGUAGUUUGGCAAGAACUUAUAAGAGUAAAACCACAUGCUGCUAAAUGGAAAACCAUGCAAGUUAAGCAUUAUGAUGUUCUGAAGGUUCUUUUUGGGGAAGACCGAGCAGCGGGAAAAACAUCUAAGACUAAUAAAAUGAGACACAAACAGUUGGAGAAGGAAAGGGAAAAGGAAAAAGAAAAAGAAAAGGAAAACGUUGAUCUGAAUGACACAGCUGAUGAUACUUACAUGACUGACCAACGUGCUGAUAUUUGAUGAAGGGCAAGAAGAACCCAUUGUUGACUCAUACAGUCCAACAUAUGGGAAAUCACAUCAGUCCACAGGAACAUCUGGUUCUCGCGGAACAAAGCGUAAGGCUCCAAUGAAUGAUUUUGUGGAAGCUCAAUUGGAUAGAAUGACGAGUGGCAUUGGACUCAUGGCUGAUGCUUUGAACAAAGGUAAUUCAAUUUCUGAUCAAUUGCAUGAUGUGGCUAAACAACAAAUAGAAAUAUCCGCACGACAAGUUGCAGCUAUUGAGAAACGCAACGAAAUCUUGCAAAAUUGUAGACCUCGAGUGUAUACAGGAGCAGAUGUAUGGAAUAUGCUUGAUGAGUUGGAUAUGCUGCCACAAUUUCGUUUUAAGUGCUACGAAGUUCUUUGCAAUGUUAACAAAAAGAAGGAGCUGGUUUUUGGUCUACCCACUGACAUGCGCUUACAGGUUCUCUUACAAAUGAUGAAUGCUAAUUUCUACCAUUGAAGUUAUUUGAUAUCUUUUUGUGUCAUGUAUAUGACUCUUUUGUGUAUAUGUAAUGAGGACACAUUUGGUGCCUAUAAUUAUGCUUGUAAAAUGACAAGUAUUUUAACAUGAAACAUGCAGUAGGGAAAAAAAGCAAUAUGUAGUUGCCACUUUAGGCAAUUGACAGUAGAUGAUAUAUAUAUGGUAUAAUGA